AUGCUUUCUUCCUUUCUUCCUGUUUACCACGAUACCUACACCCCAUUUCUGCUCCUACCAUUUCUACCGCUCUUUUCUUUUCUUUCUCUUCUCUUUUCCCUCUUGAUCUCAUUUGCCGUCUUUCUGUCUUCCUCUCUAGCCCCAUUUCUGCUCCUACCAUUUCUACCGCUCUUUUCUUUUCUUUCUCUUCUCUUUUCCCUCUUAAUCUCAUUUACCGUCUUUCUUGCUUCCUCUCUAGCCCCAUUUCUGCUCCUACCAUUUCUACCUCUCUUUUCUUUUCUUUCUCUUCUCUUUUCCCUCUUAAUCUCAUUUGCCGUCUUUCUUUCUUCCUCUCUAGCCCCAUUUCUGCUCCUACCAUUUCUACCUCUCUUUUCUUUUCUUUCUCUUCUCUUUUCCCUCUUAAUCUCAUUUGCCGUCUUUCUUUCUUCCUCUCUAGCCCCAUUUCUGCUCCUACCAUUUCUACCUCUCUUUUCUUUUCUUUCUCUUUUCUUUUCCAUCUUGAUCUCAUUUGCCGUCUUUCUUUCUUCCUCUCUAGCCCCAUUUCUGCUCCUACCAUUUCUACCGCUCUUUUCUUUUCUUUCUCUUCUCUUUUCCCUCUUAAUCUCAUUUACCGUCUUUCUUGCUUCCUCUCUAGCCCCAUUUCUGCUCCUACCAUUUCUACCUCCAUUUUCUUUUCUUUCUCUUCUCUUUUCCCUCUUAAUCUCAUUUGCCGUCUUUCUUUCUUCCUCUCUAGCCCCAUUUCUGCUCCUACCAUUUCUACCUCUCUUUUCUUUUCUUUCUCUUCUCUUUUCCCUCUUAAUCUCAUUUGCCGUCUUUCUUUCUUCCUCUCUAGCCCCAUUUCUGCUCCUACCAUUUCUACCUCUCUUUUCUUUUCUUUCUCUUCUCUUUUCCCUCUUAAUCUCAUUUGCCGUCUUUCUUUCUUCCUCUCUAGCCCCAUUUCUGCUCCUACCAUUUCUACCUCUCUUUUCUUUUCUUUCUCUUCUCAUUUCCCUCUUAAUUUCAUUUGCCGUCUUUCUUUCUUCCUCUCUAGCCCCAUUUCUGCUCCUACCAUUUCUACCUCUCUUUUCUUUUCUUUCUCUUCUCUUUUCCCUCUUAAUCUCAUUUGCCGUCUUUCUUUCUUCCUCUCUAGCUUCAUUUCUGCUCCUACCAUUUUCUACCUCUCUUUUCUUUUCUUUCUCUUUUCUUUUCCCUCUUCAUCUCAUUUGCCGUCUUUCAUUCUUCCUCUCUAGCCCCAUUUCUGCUCCUACCAUGUCUACCGCUCUUUUCUUUUCUUUCUCUUCUCCUUUCCCUCUUAAUCUCAUUUGCCGUCUUUCUUUCUUCCUCUCUAGCCCCAUUUCAGCUCCUACCAUUUCUACCUCUCUUUUCUUUUCUUUCUCUUCUCUUUUCCCUCUUAAUCACAUUUGCCGUUUUUCUUUCUUCCUCUCUAGCCCCAUUUCUGCUCCUACCAUUUCUACCUCUCUUUUCUUUUCUUUCUCUUCUCUUUUCCCUCUUAAUUUCAUUUGCCGUCUUUCUUUAUUCCACUCUAGCCCCAUUUCUGCUCCUACCAUUUCUACCGCUGUUUUCUUUUCUUUCUCUUCUCUUUUCCCUCUUAAUCUCAUUUACCGUCUUUCUUUCUUCCUCUCUAGACCCAUUUCUGCUCCUACCAUUUCUACCUCUCUUUUCUUUUCUUUCUCUUCUCUUUUCCCUCUUGAUCUCAUUUGCCGUCUUUCUUUCUUCCUCUCUAGCCCCAUUUCUGCUCCUACCAUUUCUACCGCUCUUUUCUUUUCUUUCUCUUCUCUUUUCCCUCUUAAUCUCAUUUGCCGUCUUUCUUUCUUCCUCUCUAGCCCCAUUUCUGCUCCUACCAUUUCUACCGCUCUUUUCUUUUCUUUCUCUUCUCUUUUCCCUCUUAAUCUCAUUUGCCAUCUUUCUUUCUUCCUCUCUAGCCCCAUUUCUGCUCCGACCAUUUCUACCUCUCUUUUCUUUUCUUUCUCUUCUCUUUUCCCUCUUAAUCUCAUUUGCCGUCUUUCUUUCUUCCUCUCUAGCCCUAUUUCUGCUCCUACCAUUUCUACCUCUCUUUUCUUUUCUUUCUCUUCUCUUUUCCCUCUUGAUCUCAUUUGCCGUCUUUCUUUCUUCCUCUCUAGCCCCAUUUCUGCUCCUACCAUUUCUACCUCUCUUUUCUUUUCUUUCUCUUCUCUUUUCCCUCUUGAUCUCAUUUGCCGUCUUUCUUUCUUCCUCUCUAGCCCCAUUUCUGCUCCUACCAUUUCUACCGCUCUUUUCUUUUCUUUCUCUUCUCUUUUCCCUCUUGAUCUCAUUUGCCGUCUUUCUUUCUUCCUCUCUAGCCCUAUUUCUGCUCCUACCAUUUCUACCUCACUUUUCUUUCCUUUCUCUUCUCCCUACCCCAUUUCUGUUCUUACCUCUCUAACCCCAUUUCUGCCCAUUUUCCCAAACAUUUCUAUCUCCCCUUUCUUUUUCCACUUUUACUUCUUUAUCUCAUUUAACAUCUUCCUCUCUAACCCCAUUUCUGUUCCUACCUCUCUAACCCCAUUUCCGCUCCUACCAUUUCCCCUCUACUUUCUCUGUCUUCCAUUACUUCUGCUUCUACCAUUUCUACCUCUACUUUCUUUCCGUUCUCUUUUCUUUUCCCGUUUACUCAUAUUUGACUUCUUCCUUCCUUUCUCUCUAGUCCUCUUUUUUCCCCAACCAUCUUCUCCCUUCCUUUUCUUUCUUCCUCUUCUCUUUUUCCCUCAAUCUUAUUUCUUCUCUCCGUUUCAUCUUCUUUCAUCCUAUUUUUUUCCCUAUUUUCUUUUCUUUAUUUGUCCAUCUUUUUUUUUCUCAACCAAUUUCCACGCAGACAUGUUCAGCCGUUCAUUCUUUACAGUCAAUGGUGAUAUCUUAUUGUUUGCAUUUUGCAAUUUUCUCUCUCUUUCUCUUUCUCUCUCAAUAUCGCUUUAUUUAUCCAAGAUUUCUCCGCUUCUCAUCUCUUUAUCUAUUUACACGCAAACGCCCCCUACUUUCUCUCUCUCCCUCUCUCUCUCUCUCUCUCUUUCUUUCUUACUUUCUCUUUUUUUCUUUUCUCUCUCUCUUUUCUCUCUCUUUCUCUCUCUCUUACUUUCUCUUUUUUCUUUAUUUCUCUGUCUCUUUCUCUCUCUCACGCUUUUUCUGCUAACUUCGUAG